AAAAUUAACAGAAUAAAGAAACUAUAUUAUUUAGCUAAUCAUGUAUUAUUAGACUAAAGAAACUUAAUUUAGUAGUUAUUGAUUCAGUGAAAAGAAUAAUUAUUACAAGAUGCCGUUAAUUCAAGUAGAUGUAAAAAUGUUACCAAUGAAAGUGCAUUACUUUCUGUUUAUGGGCGGUGUUGCACCAUUGACAAAUUUUUUACCAACAAUUGCAAAACAGUUGGGAUAUUCUACAAUUGUAGUUGGAACUAUUUAUAGUAUUUUACCAAUUUUAAGUUUAUUAAUAAAGCCUAUAAUUGGUGCAAUUGUGGAUCAAUUCCGGGUUAAAAAAUUAAUCUUCUUAACAUUCAUAUUGUUAUCUGGCCUAACAGCAUUUUCAUUUAUGUUUGUUCCUGAAAUACCUUUGGGCCCUACAGUAGAACUCAAUUGCCACGAUGUCACAUAUUUGAAUGUUUGUCCUGAGGAUAAUGUACCUUUGUCUCAGUGUUCUAUACAACGAGUUAAAGAAAAUAUUGGUGAUAAAUUUGGAUGUGAGUUAAAAUGUGAUAACAAUGCACAUUUUCAAAAUGAAAUGUGUUUAAGUUGGGGAUUUAAUGAUUAUUGCCCACUUUCAAAUUCAUCUAGUGUGAUCAAAGAGUAUUAUGUACCAAACAAUUCACAAAUAAUAAGAACAAAAUCAAAUAAGAAUUUUUAUAAUAAUGACUAUGUUUACUUAUUUGUGUUGAUAGAAAUGAUACAUUCUGUUAAUGAUAAUAAUUGUUUUUACUUUCGAAUAAAAUCUGCAAAUUUUUAUUUUAAUGAUUCUGAAGCAGUAAACCACACACCAGUUUGUAAUACUAGUUUAAGAUCUCAAUGCCAAGUACAAUGUUCCAGUGAAAUCAUUAUGGAUUUAAUAACUCCCCAAAAGUUUAAAGGCAGUGUUUUGGAAUUAAAUCAAUUCUGGAUAUUUUUCCUAUUAAUUAGUCUGUUUUGGGUAGGUCAAGCAGUUAUUUAUAGUCUUGGUGAUUCUAUUUGCUUUGAUCAACUAGGUAACAAGCCUAAUCUUUAUGGCAAACAAAGAUGCUGGGGUGCUAUUGGAUGGGGAAUUUUUUCAAUAUUUUCCGGAUGGAUUUUAGAUCUUUUUAGUUCCAGUGAUAUAAAUAAAAACUAUUUACCAAUAUACUUUUUAUGUUUACUUGUACUACUUUGCAACUUUUUUGUUGCAUCAAAACUUAAGGUGACAGAAACAAAAAUAUCAACUAAUAUAUUUAAAGAUUUUGGAAAACUGUUAAUAGAAGUCAAGGUACUAGGAUUUCUUACUUGGACAAUAGUAGUAGGUAUUUGCACUGGGAUGAUUUGGCAAUAUCUUUUUUGGUAUAUUGAAGAUGUAGCUUCCGCAAAUGAGUGUAAUGCCCAACAUUGGAUUAAAACAUUACAAGGUUUUAUUUCAGGAGUUCAAUGUUUUGGUGGUGAAGUGCCAUUCUUUUUCUGGUCAGGCUGGAUUAUGAAACGUUUGGGACACUUGAAUUGCAUGUCUCUUGUUUUGGGAGUUUUUGCAAUUAGAUUUUUUGCUUAUUCAAUUCUUACAAAUCCAAUUUGGGUACUUGUUAUUGAGUUAACUAAUGGAAUUACUUUUGGAUUAGCAUAUGCUGUACUUAUGUCAUAUGCAAGUAUACUUGCACUACCUGGUAGCGAAAGUACUAUGAUAGGACUUGUUGGUGGAGUUUUUGAAGGCAUAGGUGUAUCUUUGGGUAGUUUAAUAGGUGGUUGCUUAUACGACAAAUAUGGCGGAGCUCAAACAUUCAGAUUAUUUGCAUGUGGUUCUGCAUUGAUGUGUGCAAUUCAUUUGUUAUGUCAAAAAGUUUUGAAAUCAAAUAAAAAAUUAAGUUUUCCAAGUUUUAUAAGCGGAUCAACUGAAUAUGCCAGUCCAAAUGAAGCUAUACAUAUGUUGAUUGAUAAUUAAAUUUAUUUUAAUAAUGUUCCUACUUUAUUGUUCUAUCUUAUUUUUAUUUCAAAAAACUGAAGAAAGAAAUAUUUAAAUUACAUUCACUUAUUCCUAGUUAAUUUUAUAUCUUACUUUUAAAUAAUUAUUAAUGGAAUGAUGGAAUAGGUGAACAAUGAAAAUAAUUAAAUGUUUACUAUAUAUAACAUAAUUGGUCAAUGAUAUGAAUUGAGCAUAGUAUUUAUUAGGAAUUAUUUAAAAUAUUUUUCCAAAAAAAAUGCAAUUUUAAAU